AUGGGCGUGAAAUGCACCCACUGUCUACACCAAGAGCUACUACUGUGUCUUGAGCACAAUAUCUAUGGAAUAUUCGACCUGUCGUCCGUCGUCAAGAUCUCCGACUUCACUCGCUGUUGGCUACUCCCGAACACUAUCGACAAUGGCUCAGUGGUCUCUUUGCAUUUGCCAGGAGACGGACCACAACCGGUCUGGAUACAGAAACCAUCCAUCGAGACGCCCCUCCAGACCCCCGAAUAUGAAGCUGAAGUUGCGGAUUUCAUCGACUGGUUACUCUCUGGGAAACAUAUCGCGUAUCCCGGCGGGCAGGUCGUCCUGUUUGAAGGCGAGACGCCUGGCCCAGCUUUUGUUGUCUAUCACACUGCCAACUCCGAUGCUGUCGCUGAACAUAUCAUGUCCAGCUGUCUGCCUGCAUCUGGAAAGCUUCGCCUGUCUCCGCAUAGCCUGUGUUGUACCUCCCCUUUUCGUGUUCGCGACCCCCUCGUUUCCCUCCGUUUCGACGCUCUGGCAGUAGGCAUCGUCAACGGGAUCUCUGUGGAACAGAUGUGCAGAUACAACCGAUACUUGACCAACGAAGACCGAACGACGGGCAUUGCUUCUAGGCGUUCGUUCGACCACGGCUCAAGGGUUGCUGCUGAGAGGGCUUCGCUCCCGACGUCGUUUGAUAAAUCUCUGGACGUCAUGAUUCCCUUGGCUCUUUCGGUACAGAUCGUGUGGGUGGAAACUUUUACAGGCAUUGUUAGUUGCUUCAAACAUGCACCACUUCCUAGGCGCCAUGCGGAAACGACGACGUUUCUCAACUCUCGACAUUACCUCACGACAGAUAAAGCAAAGUGGUACAAUCUUUAG